AUGACGGUGACGGUCAUCGGCGGCGCCUCCGGCGGCAUUAGCUCCCUCCUCGUCAACCAGCGGCUGUGCGGGUACUGGGACACCGGGAGCGCCUUGAACGGCAUUCUAGCCGGUCUCGUGUCCGUUACCGCGGGCGCGGCGACCUACGAGCCCGAGGGGGCCUUCGUCGUGGGUCUCAUUGGCGGGGUGCUGUACCUCUUCGCGUCCGCCUUGCUGCUCAAGUUUCACCUGGACGAUGUCGUAAACGCGGUCCCAGUGCACCUCUUCGGAGGCAUGUGGGGCCUCGUUGCGGCUGGCUUCUUCGCGUCAAAGUUCGGCUACGCGGCGGCCUAUUCCGAGGACAGGUCGGGCACGUGCGCCGGCAUUCUGUACGGCGGCAACGGCAGCUCUCUCGGUGCUAGCAUCGUGUUCUUGAUGGCCGUGGUGGCCUGGGUGGGCUUCCUGACCCUCUUGCUCUUCGUGGUGACGAAGCUGACCAUAGGCAUUCGCAUCAGCAAGGAACAGGAGAUGGCCGGAAUGGACGUCUCCAAGCACGGCGGACAAACGUAUCCUGAACUUCAACCCGGUUUACGGGGCCCAGACACACCCGUUCUGUCGGUCGGGUAAGUUGACUCAUCGGUCGGGGAUUGGGGACGGGGGGACUUAAGAUGUUCGUCCGUCCGAUCGCAAGGUUUCGUUUUCUUUGGUUUGGGGGAUGGAGUGUGGUGUUUGGACGUUUACGCAGGGCCAUGUUGUUCUACUAGUGCUACCUCUUGUAGGAAAGAAAUCCGCCCUGCGCGGACGCCCCGGGCACUUCCGUCUGCUGCGGUGCACCGUGCUUUUGUAUGUGGUGGGAUUAUCGGCGAGAGCACAGCCAUGCCGUCCUUGUGCGGUGCGCUGUUUUUUCGUUCCGGUGGUGUUGCAAAGCCAUAAACUUGUCGGCAAACAACGCGGUCCGUUCAUCUCUAAAGCGGAAUAAUCUUGUUUUCUGUUGUCGAAAUCUCACAGCCUUCAAGGAAUCCAUUAAUAAGGACUGUUGUUAUUAUUCUUCCUUGACGUUUGUCGGCAUGCCUCCAUCGUGUCCGCGGGCGCCGAACGAGCAGGGCGGGCGAACUGUAAUGGAGAAAUGGCCACCCGCCGUUCCUCGCGGAGGAAACAACAAGAAAUAAGUAAACAAAGGAAAAACGGAAGCGCGCUCUGGACGCUUCUUGCUUGGCCGUGGGUGCGCGAGAGACAAGGGCAACUUUUGGCAAGAGGCGCGGCGGUGUCUCUCUCUCGAGAAAACAACGGCAGUUGCUUUCCAACUCUUUCGCGUUUCUUUGUUUUUGGUCUGGUUGCUGUUGCGGUUGUGCAUAGAUUAUAGAUAGCUCUACUCAUUGCGUGGUAGUUGUUGUUGUUAUCGACGUUGUGGUCGUUGAGGUGGUGAUUGUGGAGUUCUGUGAAUGUUGUCGGUGCUGUUGUCUUGGCUAUCAGUGUUGUGCGUACUGAUAUUUUGGUUGGUGUGAUUGUGUACACUUCAAAUGCGCAUCAAAAGUUGCAGCGAUGUAAGGGUGUACGGUAGUGUCCGAUCUCCUCGGGGCUGGCCGGCUGUCCUCACGUUGGUUUUGGUGUGAUUUUGAAUCAUCGCCCUCAUGACGAACCCCUAGAAGCUUAGCAGGAGUGAAUGGGAUGUAUUGAAUGAUGAAACUCGAUUCUGUUGGUUGAUGCAAUCAUGGGGACGGACUAGAAUUUUCAACACCGUUUUUCGGCGGGGGGAGGUUCCAGACACUGCAGGAUGGGAUUUUUUAUGGAUCGCGGGUGUGCCGAAGCUCAGCGUCUUGAUUUGUUUUGUGGCGUCCUCUUGAAGAAGUGUAGCCCCAUGGUAAGCCUGUCAAGCGCUUUAUUACCACAGUAGCUUGGUCGAUACUAUUUCAGGAGAAUGGCGGCCGUCUCCCUACCGGGGGACCUACUGUACGUGGGGGAGAUGCCGGGAUUUCACCACAUAUCGGCUCGAUGGGAGGGGGUGAGAGGUGGCAUGAGGCUCAAGCGGCCAAGGUUUGUAAAGAACACACGCCG